AAUCCCCACCACCCCACCACUCUUCCCUCACCCACCACCACCACACCAGAGAAUUAAUCACUCACAAUGGCAAAGCUUGCAAUCCUAGCAGUAGCCCUCUUUACCCUGAUCGCCCUCGACCAAGUUUCCGCCUUCCGCACCACCAUCACCACCACCGUGGACGAGGAAACAGCAGCGGCAAACCCCCGAGGAGAGUCCCAGCAACAGAGCUGCCGUGAGCAGUUCCAGCAGCAGCAGCAGCUCCGCGACUGCCAGAGGUACAUGGCGCAGCAGGCACAGCGAUUUGCAAACCCGAAGCGCCGCGAGCAAGGCCUCGACGAAUGCUGCAACCAGUUGGAGAAAACGGACCAGGACUGCCAGUGCGAGAACUUGAGGGAGGCCAUAAAGCAGAAGCAACAGCAGGAGGGAGAGAUGAGCGAAGAUGAGAAGAGAAAGAUGGAGCAAGCGGCCGAGGACUUGCCCCGGAGGUGCGGUUUCAGCUCACAGAGAUGCCAGAUUGAAGUAAACUGGUUCUAAAUGAGGUGUGUUGCGUUGUGUGCAAUGUAAUAAUAAAGGUCACCACUGCUCUAAGCUGGGAUUUAGCCAAGUUAUGAUGGUGGUGGUGACCAUCUAGAAAUAAGCACAUUAUCGUGUGUAUCUUGUAA